UCAGCGUUCCAAAUAGAAUGCUGUACAGAAAAGGAGUGCAUGUUUCGCGUUGAGAAACAUGGGCCAGCCUUGUACAAGAAGAAACAACUACCUUCCAAGAAAGUGUACUGUUUCAUGUCUUCUAUAAAUAUGUAUCUACAACAACAAGACUGCCGACAAUUUUCAGAACGUGCGUAAAUUAAUUGAAAAUUAAUUGAAGGUAAAAUAACAGGCAAAAUAGUGCAAGAGUGUGCGACCAACAACAAACAAAUAACAGUGAACUACGAAAAGAUAGGACGACCAAGAAGAAGCAAAGGUUUGGGGUGGUGGUAGGAUAUGAGGAGAUGCAACAUUUUGUUACUCUUUCGACUUUUAGAAAAUUAAACAUUUUGUUUUGCGACGUUAAACGCAUCUGAUUAUUGCGUAAACCAUUGGGACUGUAUUCAUGUGUGCUGUUUCGAGAGACCGUCACUUUCCAUCAAAUAAACUGUGAAAUAACGAUUUAUUUCAUCAAGAAGGCACACAAAACGACUUGCCAAGUAGCUACGAACCAUGAUGAAAUUCCAUAAUUCGGAUCUAUGGAUUGCUUGGCUGGUUUUCUUUUGCAUGGAAGUGAGCGUGAGGGCGUUGGAUGUCACAGUGACCCAGAGCAGCAUCCAGGUAGCCCGCGGCCAGGCGGCCAUCUUGCCCUGCUCCUUCUCCACCAGCGCUGCCCUCAACAACCUCAACAUUAUCUGGAUGGUCAUCCCGCUGUCCAAUGCCAACCAGCCCGAACAGGUGAUCAUCUACCAAGGUGGCCAAGUGUUCAGUCUAGCCAACCACUUAAAUGGCCGGGUGGGUUUCGUGGCCACCAUGCCGAGUACAAGUGCCUCUAUCUUCAUCAACAACACCCAGCUGUCAGACACGGGGACCUACCAGUGCCUGGUCAACAACCUCCCCGACAGAGGGGGGCGCAACAUCGGGGUCAUCGGCCUCACCGUGCUGGUGCCCCCGUCGGUGCCCUCAUGCCGUGUCCAGGGCACGCUGGACGUGGGCGCUGACAUCAUGCUGAUGUGCAGCAGCGAGGAGGGGAUCCCCACGCCCAGCUACACCUGGGUGAAACUGGAGUCGCUGCCCAAGCUGCCCCACACCGCCAUGCAAGACCAGAUGCAAGGGACCGUAACACUGAGGAACAUCAGUGCCAGUACCUCUGGUCUGUACCAGUGUACAGCCUCCAACGCCAUCGCCAAGAGCACCUGUCUACUCAACCUGCAGGUUGUGGCACCCCAGCCCCAGAGUGUGGGUCUCAUAGCUGGCACCAUCGCCACGGGCGUGUUGGCUGUCAUCAUCUGCUCUCUACUGGUGCUGGUGACACUCUUCUACUGGAAGAACAAGAACAAAUACGAGGAGGAGGAGAUACCCAACGAGAUCAGGGAGGACGACCUGCCCCCUAAGAGGUCGUCUUCAGUGAAAGCGUUUCACGCCGACGCCUCAUCCUCUGAGAACGACACCCUGACGUCCACCAACACCUACAACAGCCGCUAUUGGCACAACCCCAAACCCAACUACGACACCAACUCCUACACCCGCUACAACGGCGACACGCGCCAGACGUUCUCUACGGGGCAGGCGGGUCACACAGGUCAAACGGGGGGACAUGCAGCUCACACAGGACACGGGACGCUAGCUCCGCCGGGCUCCGCACCCCUGGCCCGCCAGGCCUACUCUAAUGGUAGCCACACACUCCCCCCGCCCAAGACUCUGGUGGUCACCACCAACUCCGCCCCCUCCCCUCCCACCAUGGUGCGUAGCAAUGGCUCGGUGAGCCUGAAGCCCGUGACGGUGGCAUCGCAUGGCGGGUACACACACUCGUACGCCGUAAGCCAGGCCACACUGGAGCGCAUGGGCGCCGUGCCCGUCAUGGUGCCAGCCCAGAGCAGAGCAGGCUCUCUGGUCUAAAGUAAACUGUUACUGGGCUGAACCAGCCUGCCUCCCCACUUCAUCUAAUGCCAACGUCUCCAAGUACAGGACCCCAUUUAAAAGCAGCUCCAGGUGUUCUAUUCCUAUUGGUUGGUUUUGUAUUUCUUCUUGGGUGUGCUUGUCUCGCACUCGUUCCUUGGAUUAAAUGGCUGUAACCAAUGGGAUUAUCGCACAAAAGUUACACAUAAUCUCCAGACUUUUCAGGUGAUUGUGGCUGUGGGUUUUGGACUCAUCACGACAGUGAGCAUUAACCGUUUAAUGUCUGUUUUAACCACAUCUAGACACUCCGAAUCCUGCAAGUCCCCAGGGAGAGGCAUCCGAUCGUGCAUGUAUAUUCCAUUGAAAACUAACAGCCAGAUUCUUGCUAUUAUUUCAUAUCACUCAGCUAAUUGCGGUGAUAAUAAUUGUUUCGUAUCUUUAAAAAAUGACAGAGAUGUUCUUUGAUUCACUGCAGUGGUCUUACAUGAACAGAACCAUGACAGUGGGAAUGGCCUUAGAAGAGCAGAGAGUUACAGAAGGGAUUUAUGCUGAACUACCAAAUAGCAGAGACACAGAAUGGCACAACACAGUAGGCUGGUCCCGUAAUUGGACAGGGGUUUUCGGAUUCUGUCCGGUUAGUUCCAACUUCAGCAUGUUCAUUUGUUUUUGCACAGUAGCACACUUUCAUCACCAACUCCUCUGAAGAAAUGUCUUAUUAUAGAACAGUCUUACUGAAUGCGUCCUCUGACCUCUACAGUGUUACGAAUGGGAGAGGUAUACCGUAGCCGCUCCAGCGCAAACUUGUAAGGGUUCAGCAUUUUAUAUUGAUUAGAUCCAGUAUUGAUAAUUAUAGUUUUACCUCAAGAUUCUAUUAUAUAUAAAAUAUAAAAAAUAAACUUCCCCUGAAACUUGAAUCUGCAGUUUGAGAUAUACUGACAGUGUCUAUGGAAGUAUGUGCUAUCGUAAACAUGCUGCUGAUUCGUUUUUUUAACAAAAUCCAAAUCUCACAUCGGUGCUGCUUUGACAAUAAAACAUCUUAUUUCAUACAUCCUUUCUAAGAAAAAAUGCUAUUUAAAGGGGAUUUCCCUUGAGAAUGCUAACGAUCACUGUUCUGUACCUACUGUCAAUGUUGCAACUACUGGUAGGCUAGGUUGUGAAUUAAAAAGAAAUACUUUUAUUUUAUUCCCAAUGGAUGCAUAUUUUACAACUCGUGUGUCUUAACUCAAGUUCCAGCAGUGUUGUAAAUUGUUGCUAUUGAGGUAAGAAUCAGAACGUUUCGGAGGGCCAUAUUUUUUGGGGGACAGUUUUUAGACCUGAAAACGGCCGAUUUUAUGUUUUAUGUGAAUUUUACAAUAUUAUCUAUCCUGCUCUUUGCAUCGAAAGUCCUAGUAAUAUUCAACUUGAUCUUUCACUUGAAAGACAAUAUUGAUAUUGUGUGAUAUUAAAUCAAAUUAAAUAAAAUGUUACAGCUCAUUUUCGGGUAACCAAAAAAACACUUCACUCUUGAGAAAAAGCGCCUCCUGUAUUUGGUGUCAGGAUCGUUCUCCGUUCAGUCUACAUAGACUGUACUCAAUGAUGUGCUGUGUUCUCUACAGUAUGAAUUUGGCCAUUCAGUGUGCUCAAAGCUGAGUGUUAUUGAAGUUCAUUGAAAUACGCUCCAGUAAGAAUCCAUUAGACGCAUUCAAUUGAACCUCCUCAAGUAAAUCAACGAGGAUGGUGAGCGCAACUUUCCGUCCUGAAGCAAUAAAGACCAACCAGGUGAACCACAUUAGGAGGACUUGUUGAUGUACAAGAUCUUUAUCAAAUGGUUCCUUUUCUCUCACACUCUGCUCAUUGGCUUAGGUCCCUGCUCAUUGGCUAAUGUGUUAUGUCUCAUUCCAUCUGUCAGGGAACCAAGAUUAUAUUCAUGACUUAAUCAUUCAAAAGAUAUUGCUUGAUUUGAACUCAAAUCGGCUAUGACUAAAACACUGUUGGGUAUGAUCAGGUAAUACUCACAACUUUGGAGCGUAUUCUUUGCGUAUGUUUGGCGUUCGGAGACUUGUUUCAACAUCAGAGUGCAUCCAUAUGAUUUAUGUAUGUACUCUUAUGUACAGUGCCUUCAGAAAGUAUUUAUACCCUUGAAUUAUUCCACAUUUUGUUGUGUUACAGCCUGAAUUUUUUGAAAAGGAAAUACAGAAAUAUCUCAUUUACAUACUGUAUGUAUUCACACCCCUGAGUCAAUACAUGUUAGAAUCACCUUUGCCAGUGAUGACAGCUGUCAGACUUUCUGGGUAAGUCUCCAAGAGCUUUGCACACCUGGAUUGUACAAUACUUGAACAUUAUUAUUUUCAAAGUUCUUCAAGCUGGUUGUAGAUCAUUGCUAGACAGCCAUUUUCAAGUAUUUCCAUAGACUUGAAAGCAUACCACUGCAUACCAACCUGCAUACUACUGCUGGCUUGCUUCUGAAGCUAUGCAGAGUUGGUCCUGGUCAGUUCUUGGAUGGGAGGCCAGAUGCUGCUGGAAGUGGUGUUGGAGGGCCAGUAGGCGGCACUCUUUCCUCUGGUCUAAAAAAGAUAUCCCAAUGCCCCAGGGCAGUGAUUGGGGACACUGCCCUGUGUAGGGUGCUGUCUUUCGGAUGGGACAUUAAACGGGUGUCCUGACUCUCUGAGGUCAUUAAAGAUCCCAUGACUCUUAUCGUAAGAGUAGGGGUGUUAACCCUGGUGUCCUGGCUAAAUUCCCAAUCUGGCCCUCAAACCAUCACAGUCACUUAAUAAUCACCAGUUUACAAUUGGCUCAUUAAUCCCCCUCCUCUCCCCUGUAACUAUUCCCCAGGUCGUUUCUGCAAAUGAGAAUGUGUUCUCAGGCAACUUACCUAGUAAAAUAACAGAUAAAUAAAAAGAUGUUCAAGCUGAUUUGCUGUCAGCUGUCAGAACUAUAACUUGGCCACUCAGGAACAUUCACUGUGUUCUUGGUAAACAACUCCAGUGUAGAUUUGGCCUUGUGUUUUAGGUUAUUGUCCUGCUGAAAGUUGAAUUCAUCUUCCAGUGUCUGGUGGAAAGCAGACUGAACCAGGGUUUCCUCUAGGAUUUUGCUUGUGCUUGGCUGAAAAACUCACUUGUCCUUAAAGAUUGCAAACAUACCCAUAACAUGAUGCAGCCACCACUAUGCUUGAAAAUAUGGAGAGUGGUACUCAGUAAUGUGUUGUAUUAAAUUUGCUCCAAACAUAACAAUUUGUAUUCAGGACAAAAAGUACAUUGCUUUGCCACAUUGCAGUGUAAAUUUAGUGCUUUGUUGCAAACAGGAUGCAUGUUUGGAGUAUUUGUAUUCUGUACAGGUGUCCUUCUUUUCACUCAGCCAAUUAGGUUAGUAUUGUGGAGUAACUCAAAUGUUGUUGAUCCACCCUCAGGUUUCUCCUAUCACACUAACUCUUAAAGUCACCAUUGGACUCAUGGUGAAAUCCCUGAGAGCUUUCCUUCCUCUCUGGCAACUGAGUUAGGGAGGACACCUGUAUCUUUGAAGUGACUUGGGUGUAUUGAUCCACCACCCAAAGUGUAAUUAAUAAUUCCACCAUGCUCAAAGGGAUAUUUAAUAUCUGCUUUGUUUUCACCCAUCUACCAUUAGGUGCCCUUGUUUGCGAGGCAUUGGAAAACCUCCCUGGUCUUUGUGGUUGAAUCUGUGUUUGAAAUUCACUGCUCGACUGAUUGUAUGUGUGGGGUAUUGUAUGUGUGGGGUAAAGGGAUGAGGUAGCCAUUUAAAAAAAAUCAUGCUAAACACUAAUAUUUCACACAGAGUGAAUCCAUGCAACAUAUUGUUGGUAUUGGUAUUUUAUUAGGAUCCCCAUUAGCUGUUGCAAAAGCAGCAGCUACUCUUCCUGGGGUCCACACAAUACAUGAAACAUUACAUAAUACAUAAUAUAUGUGAGCACAUUUUUACUCCUCAACUUAUUUAUGCUUGCCAUAACAAAGGGGUUGAAUAGUUAUUGACUCAAGACACUCCUAAUUUUCAGUUAAUUAAUUUGCGAACUUUUCUAAAAAACACAAUUCCACUUUAUGGAGCAUUGUGUGUAGGCGAGUGACAAAAAAAGAAUCCAAAUUGAAUCCAUUUUAAAUUCAGGCUGUAACACAACAAAACAUGGGACAAGUCAAGUGAAUACUUUCUGAGAAGGCAGUGUGUAUGUACUCUGCUGAAAACCCGGGGUUGUUCACUAGCUUGUUGUGUCUGGUCAGACAGACAGACACAUCUGCUCUUUAUCUCUGAAAACUAUUUUUAAAGAGCCACAGGUUCAUGUCAGAUGAGGCAAGGGUAUCUGUUUCCUCGGUUAGACAUCUCUUGGGGCGAAUCCUAACUUCCACUUAAAUGUUUACUUAGUCAAGCAUUGAUGUCAAUGGGAGACUAAGUCAAAAUUCAACUUAAAAGUUAGGAUUUGUCCCUUAAUGAACCUGGCCUGAAACACAACUACUUGAACUAAACCCAGACAAGUGAUGGUGGAUUGUCUGCUGUGGCCAUAAGUUCAUGUGUAUAUAGAUAUAUUGCCAAUAGUAAACAUUGUAAAUAUGUAAAAUAUAUAUUGUGUUUAAAAGUUGGAUUGAUAUGAAAUAUGACAUUAACACUGGAAGUUGUAAUUAAUAAAUAUUGUUAAUACAUUCUAACUGUAGU